AUGUGGUUGCGCCUUAGCUCUAAUGAAGGGAUCACACUAUACUGCAAAGCAGACACUUCUGUUCCAUUCAACUUUCAUUUCCACUUUGGUGAGGAAUGUCAUCCGAACGUACGCGUUCGUGUACGUCCCGAGUAUACAGAGGACAGAUACGCGAACAAACCUGUUGAACGUUGUCCAAAUCACUUGGUCAAAGACAAUACGGAAACUCGCAAUCAUUUCCUACGAUGUGAGCAUCCGCAAGCUGAGUAUCUGAGUGUUGAGGAUGCAUAUGCCGUGCGUAUUCCUAUGUGUGAAUCAACUGGAUUCAUGUUCACUUGCUUUAGUUCCUGUUCUGGAGGAAUCAAUCGUCGACCUGUUCAGCUUGCCUUUAUUUUGGAGGAGCGUUCCUGUUCUGGAGGAAUCAAUCGUCGACCUGUUCAGCUUGCCUUUAUUUUGGAGGAACGUAAUGGAAGAGUAGUUGACACCUGUUACAUUGCUCUGAAAGUAUGCGCUAAUCCAUUACGUGACGCUUCAAAAGAAAAUGGAAGAUUUGAAUCUAGGUUGACGGACCCGAUGUUUGCUGGUGUUACGCUUCAGCGAAAACGCGGCAAUCGCUUUACUAGCGAAAUUGUCAAGCGCCCCAAUUUUCGUGGGUAUCUGGACGAGACGAGUGCUUCUUGGGAGCUUCAUCUAACUGACAUAAGAAAAGCUCGCAAAGUGGUGUGGUUAUUGAUGAAUGAGGAUAAGUUUGAUCAGUUGAUGAGUAUGGCAAAAGAAGGGAACAUGUUCCGUGAUUUCUGCACGCUUACAGCUGAUACCCCGAUUAAAGAGUAA